GUCCGGAACAGCCAUUGGUGAGCCGCUGGCCCGGGCCCGGCGCGCGGCGGGGCAGGACUUCCGGGGUGGGGCCGGCUGUAAAGCGGACGGGCUGCGGGACCGGCCCGAACUUUCCAGAAGAGUCGGGGUCGGAGCAGCGGUGAGCGGGAUCUGCGCCCGCCGCCCCGGGGGCCUCCUGCCGCUGCCGCCACCGCCAUGGUGAAGGAGACCACCUACUACGACGUGCUGGGCGUGAAGCCCAACGCGUCCGCCGAGGAGCUUAAGAAGGCCUACCGCAAGCUCGCGCUUAAGUACCACCCGGACAAGAACCCCAAUGAGGGCGAAAAGUUCAAACAAAUCUCCCAAGCUUACGAAGUGCUGUCGGACCCGAAAAAGAGGGAGCUGUAUGACAAAGGAGGCGAGCAGGCUAUCAAGGAGGGCGGCUCUGGUGGCGGCUUCGGGUCACCCAUGGACAUAUUCGAUAUGUUCUUCGGCGGCGGAGGAAGGAUGCAGAGGGAGAGGCGAGGUAAAAACGUGGUCCACCAGUUGUCAGUAAGUUUAGAAGAUAUGUACAAUGGUGCAGUGAGGAAACUUGCACUGCAGAAAAAUGUUAUCUGUGACAAAUGUGAAGGUCGUGGUGGUAAGAAAGGUGCAGUAGAGUGCUGCCCUAAUUGCAGGGGAACAGGCAUGCAGAUCAGAAUUCACCAGAUCGGGCCAGGAAUGGUGCAACAAAUCCAGUCUGUGUGUAUGGAGUGUCAGGGGCAUGGGGAGCGUAUCAGCCCCAAGGACCGGUGUAAGAGCUGCAAUGGCAGAAAAAUUGUUAGAGAGAAGAAGAUCUUAGAAGUUCACAUUGACAAAGGAAUGAAGGAUGGUCAGAAAAUAACAUUCCAUGGUGAAGGGGAUCAAGAGCCAGGUCUGGAGCCAGGGGAUAUUAUUAUUGUUUUGGAUCAAAAUGACCACUCUGUAUUUAAAAGACGAGAUGAAGAUCUGUUUCUGUGUAUGGAUAUUCAACUGGUUGAAGCACUAUGUGGCUUUCAAAAGCCUAUCACAACGCUGGAUAACAGAACUAUUAUUAUUACCUCCCAUCCUGGCCAGGUUGUUGAGCAUUGGGCUAUUAAGUGUGUAUUGAAUGAAGGUAUGCCAAUUUAUCGCAGACCAUAUGAAAAAGGCCGUCUGAUCAUAGAAUUCAGGGUCAUUUUCCCAGAGAGUGGCUUCCUCUCCUCAGAUAAGCUGUCCUUACUCGAAAAACUGCUACCUGCAAGGCAGGAGAUAGAAGAAACUGAGGAAAUGGAACAGGUGGAAUUAGUAGACUUUGAUCCAUCUCAAAAGCAAAAACACCACUAUAACGGAGAAGUGUAUGAAGAUGACCAUCAGCCUAGAGGUGGUGUUCAGUGCCAGACAUCAUAAAUGGGCCAGUGAAUAACUUGUGAUGCUUGUUUUGUAUGCAGUAGUGGAUGAGUGAAGGACUACAAGCAGUUUGCCCUCACCUCCUGCUAUUUGUUGUUCUAUCCAGCCAUAGUUAUUUCUAAAAGCAUAAAGAAAUAAACUAAGUAAUUAAACUGACUUUGCAAUUUGUAUAAAGAUCAAGGAUGCAAGCUCAUAUGAAGCUGACUGCACUUCACCCCUGCCUCUUGGUCCAGAAAACUCCCUUACCUGCUUGUCUUUUAUUCCAAACCUUGUAAUUCCUGUAUGUGUGCAAUUGCCCAGGCUUAAACUAAGAUUCUGUGGUGUGCUUUUUAGGAAUUCUAGAUCUUAUACUCUGUGAAUAAAGUAUGCACAAGUACUUAUAA